AUGAGUGCAUCACCUGCCACAGGAGCCCCUGGUAAUGGACCGGACACCCAACUUCAACCCCAACAACAGCCCAGUACAACAAGCGGAGGGGGUGGAAGUGGCGGACAAGAGGAGGACGAAUUCUACCCUCUAGCAGUUCUCAUUGAAGAGCUACGCAACGAGGACGUGCGUUUUCGGUUAAACAGCAUCCAAAGACUAUCCACGAUUGCGUUGGCGCUUGGGCCAGAAAAGACACGCGUCCAGCUUAUCCCAUUUCUCAUUGACUCAAUAUAUGAUGUGGAGGAUGUGAUGGUUGCUAUAGCUGAGGAGUUAGGGCGAUUCGUUCCUUACGUUGGUGGUGUCGCCUUCGCACCCUGCCUCAUCAAUCCUCUGGAGAGUCUUGCUCUUGUGGAAGACGCUAAUGUACGAGAAAAGGCGGUGCAGUCGUUGCGUCUACUAGCACGCGAGCACACGGACAAGGAUUUACAGGAGCAAGUUUUCCCCCUAGUGCGUCGUCUGGCUGCGGGAGACUGGUUCAGCAGUCGCGCCUCUGCGUGUGGCCUAUUUGCUGUCGUCUAUGGACGUCUGGACGCCUCGUCUCGACAAGAAAUUCUUGCCCUUGCUCAGUCCCUAACCAACGACGAUACACCAAUGGUUCGGCGUGCCCUAGCUGCAGUUUUGGGUGAGUUGGCACUCGCCAUGGUUGGAGUCCCACCUGUAUCAGACGCCGCGGCCGCUCCCUCGCUUGUGGGAAGCGCAGUUGGAGGUCCUGUUGGUGGGACCGGUAUUAGCGCUGAGCAGGAAACUGCCGAGGACUGUCCAUUGGACCGGCUGCCUGCUGGACAGCAGGACACAGAAGCCACGCCUACCGCUACCGCAACUUCCACUAGCGAAGUUGAUUCUCUCAUUUCCGCUCCAAUCGAAGAAACACCGGAGGUGGCAGAGGCUCGCGCUCAGAUAGUGACAUCUCUCGUGCCUCUCUUCAGCAGUCUCGCCUUCAAGGACGAUCAGGAGUCGGUGCGCCUUAUUGCUCUCGAGGCUGCUGUCCCACUGGCCCGGGCUCUGGGUCCUAACCUCGCAGAGCAGCACAUCGUUCAGAGCUUGCAAAAAAUCCUUGAAUUCAAAUCCUGGCGCUCCCGAUGCCUUCUUGCGAAGAAGCUUACCCUCUUGCAGAAUUGCCUUGGCUCUCGAGUCACCAAAAACUGUCUUAUUGAUCUCUUCCUCGCUCUUCUUGCGGAUGACAUAGCGGAGGUACGAUGUGCUGCAGCCUCUCAGAUUACGAGCUUUACCAGCACUCUUUUGAACGGUCAGUCGGUUUCUUCGGCUGCUGCUUCCCUUACCACCGACAAAAUUGAUAGUGUUCCCGCGUCGGUCUCAAUGGUGAUGGAUGGAAUUAUAGAGGGUGGAACAGGAGGAAUUGGCGAAGGCGAGACAGAAGACCCUUCAACACCAAAAGCUCUGGGUGAUGCGGAGGCUUUUAUUGUACAGCGCCUCUUGCCCGCCAUGGCGGAUCUCAACGCGGAUUCCAAUGUGCACGUAAAGGUGAAGCUGGGUCAGGCAGUGCUCGGACUGGCCCCACUGCUUGGUCGCGAGCUAACUGUGGCGCACCUGCUUCCGAUCAUUCUGGCCCAGCUGAAGGAUGAGUCACCGGACGUGCGGUUGGGCGUGAUCACGAGCCUCGAGUUAGUAAACAGCGUAGUGGGAGUGGAGGAGGUUUCAGCCAGUCUUCUGCCAGCCAUCGUGGAGUUAGCCAAAGUGCCAGUGUGGCGGGUCCGUCUGGCGGUGAUUAAUCAGAUGCCCCUCUUGGCUGAUCAACUGGGUGAAACGUUCUUUGAGACGCGCCUAAUGCAGCACUUUCUUUCCUGGCUCGCCGAUGCUGCCUAUGCUGUGAGAGAAGCUGCUGUGAUAAACCUCACCCGUCUAACACAGAAAUUCGGUUCAAUGUGGGCUCGCACUUUCUUUCUCUCCCAGAUAGCAGAGCUGUCGCAGAACGAGAACUACUUGCAGAGGAUGAUUAGUCUGCAAUGUAUUAUUAACCUCAGUCCGGUGCUAGACGCUGAGACGUGCUCCCAACUUCUUCUUCCUACUGCUCUCCGGAUGGAUCACGACCGGGUGCCAAAUGUCCGUUUCAAGGUGGCACAAGCUCUGGCAAAAGUGGGAGCGGUGGUAGGUGCAGAGGUUGUGAUGCCGUGCCUCCAGCGUCUCCUCAAGGACGUUGAUAUGGACGUUCGAUUCUAUGCAGCUGAGGCGAUCGAGUUCCUCAAGAAGGGUUGUGGCGGAACCGGCGACAAGCGGGAGGUCUCCGAGUCCAUGAAUAUGGACACGGAAAUAGAAGCUAUGGUAGUGACCCCCUAG